GUUUGGCAUAUUUGAAUGAUGGGUAAGGAAGGUUAUUUAGGGUUGCUACAUAUGAAGUUACUUAUUGGUUUGUGUCUAGUACUAUUAUGACAAUUUCCAAAGAUAGAGUUAAACCAUCACCUCAUCCAGAUCGUUGGAAUUUGGGUGAAGUGUUUAUCUUAGCUACUGCUCUUGGUUGGUGGCUAACCGCAGCAACACUUAUAUACCUUGCUACAUUAUAUAAGACUUCAUUUUGGACGGAUACGUUCCACUUAUACGCAGACUGGAAAAAUCCAGUUUUGUUGGCUCAAGUUCCUCCGUACUUUCCAUACGGACCACAGAAUAGUUUCAUGUUGAAGUCACUAAUCUAUUUACAAGUGUCUAUGAUUGGUCAAGCUCUUAUUUUCUGUACUCGUGCUUAUUGGAUGUUCUUUAUGGAUCGUCCAGGUAUUCUUUUGAUGAGUGCCUUUUGCUUUGCUCAAAGUACUGCAACUUUCUUAUCCGUGUAUGCCAAUUGGGGAUUUACGGAUAUUGAAGGAGUUGGUUGGGGUUGGGCAGCAACUGCCUGGGUAUGGAAUGUGAUAUGGUUCCUUCCUUGUGAUUUUGUGAAGAUUGGAGUUCGUUCCAUUAUUUUGUCAAAGGGCUUUAGAAACUGGUCUGCGAGAACAUCAAAGAAAUUCUCUAUUAGGAGACUGGUGCGUCGUUUCCGUCGUGAUGAUGACGAUGAUGAUUCUGAAGAAGGUGAUGAAGAAGAAGAGGAAGAGGAAGAGAAUGGAAAGAAGAGUAAGAAUAAGAAUAACAAUGGCAAGAAGAAGAAGGAUGAGAAGAAGAAAUCCAAAAGGCAAAAGUCGACAGAGGAAUAUUCUUGUAAAAUCCGAGAUGAGAAAAAUGUGUGUCAUGAUUAAUUGUCUAUGAACGAACGAAUAAAAUUCCACAUAACCCA